AUGCUCAUAAAAGUGAUUAUGGGAGAAGAGCGGUGGAAGUGGGCCUCCGAAGGUGGUGCUCCGAAUCGGCGACUUCCGUUCGGUUUCGGGUGCUCGGGUAAUGGCUGGUUGGCCACGUAUCCGGCCACUCUCAACAAUUCUUCUCUUCUUUCGAAAAUAUUUGUCACCCAAACAUUUCCGAUGAUAAUGCAUUUUUUCAUUAGUUCUCGACAAAAAACAGCUUCGUGAAAAUGCAAAUACAAUUAAUUGAGCAGUGACUACGAAAAAAAUCCUUUGUUUAUUGUUCAUUUUUUAACACCAUGAUUUUAACUGGAUAAUUAUUAGUUUUUCCGAAUGAAAAAAAGCGUGAAUUCAAACUAGGAAUUUCCGCGAAACGCAGUCCAUUCAUCAUAACACUUUGCCGUGAACAUGUGCUCACAAACUGGGAGUUUUGGAUGAUGAAUCGCUUUAAACUGAUAUUCCGACUGGAAAAGCCAAUCCACCCAGCUUCCAGCUGGUGUUCGCUUUUUUUUCUUACCUCAAACUAUCGAUUGCUCAUUUAAUCUAAAAUUCAUUAAUGCCGGCUUUGGUAUGCACCCCUCACUGAAAGUCAACGUUUUUCAUCGAAAGUGCAACAUUUUUCAGUCGAUUUCUAAUGAAUUUACUUUCAUGGUGUUCAAAAGCGAAGCACUACUUGGCAAAGAUGUUGACAACUUCAUUUGCUCUAAUCCUAUCACGAUCAGCUUAGCGCACAUCAUUCGAGACCCGUAAUAGGUGGAUGAGCCAAGGCAUCUCCCAACACAACGACGCUUUCACCACUUUUCAAUCAAUUCAUUUAAUUCCUCGUGUAAUCCGCCACGGCUCCUUUCCAUGGGAAAGCCAUUUUCCUUCCAAAAGCUCUUCGAGGCCCAGUCCACUCAGCUCCAACCACCCAUUAUAAAAGCAUUACCGCCGGUUAUUUUCAGCACUGCUUUUGUUUUCAAGAAAGAAAGGCUUGGUGGACGAAGCUGGGAAUAUUUGUGCCGAUGGUGGAACUAUUAGUUUUCCCUCAGUAGUUUCUCCUUCAGGUUCUUAUGUUUACUGUAGCGGCACGGCAGCUUUUUUUCUUCAAAAAAAUCUUCAAAAAAAUUGGUAAAAAAACAUAACAAAAAAUGUCUCAAUGCGGCUUCUAAUAUUUUUUUCAAUUCUUGAAAGAAGAAUCCUGAAAAAAACAAUAAGAAAGCUGAAUAAUCAGAAAAGGUAGCAGUUCAAAAUGAGGCUCAAAAAAUCGCCGCUUUUUCAGUUCUCACCCCCACACUCUUUUGUUUUAAUAGAAAAAUCAGGUCAAAAUUCUCCACUGACUGUGAAACUUUCGAAAUCUACUGCAUUAUCAAAUCAUAGUAGAAAUCAAUAAAAAACCAGAAAAGUAUCAAUUUGUAAGUAUAAACAAGAUGUCGAGUGUACACUCGGAGCCUCGUAAAAUGGUAGAAGAUAAACGCCGAGGAAGACAUAUGAUCCGUGUGCCCCUAGGAUCACAGGACGCUUCCGCCUCCGGCCGGCAGAUUCCAUUUCAACGGCGGUCCCUCUUUUUCUCACGGUAUUCUGCUCAUUCUUCGUUCAGUUUCCUCUAGGUUCCACUUUUUCAAAUUGCCUGUUGAGAAUCGAUUUUCUAAGUUUUGUGAUUUAAAUGAUGUUACUAUUUUGAACAAAAGUUGUAAAGAAAUAUUAUCAGAAAGAUGAAGUUAUUUUCAGAGUACUAAUUUGCUUAACAAAGGAGGUUUUCGAAAUUUUUUGAAACGGGAAUAUAUUUUAGCCGAAAUUUUUUUUUUGGCCCUUAUUUCAAAGUGGAUGGGUUUUUUUUCCUGCAAGUGGAUUCUUCCUGAAAGUUCCUGAAGCUCACAUUUUUCUGUGAACUGAAAAUUCAUCAGAAUGUCAAAAAUGACAGCCAAAAAGCACCAAAAAGUUUCAGAAAAUUGAAUACCUCACAAAAACACUUUUGACCGAAAAUUCGUUUUUUCGUGUUUUUUCAAAGUGUACUGUAGGUUACGGUGAUCCUCUUUUUGUACCGGAUCCACAUCAACAAAUAAUUCAUUCUUCUCUCUCUCAAAACCUGUAAUUUCAUUUUCUGAGCUCCAAAUGUUGUUUCCAAAAACCCAAUUUUAUGACUUCAAUUACACAUAUAGAACAAUAAAUCUCCAAAGACUCCAUUAAUUUCCAAAACAACGAUGAACCAAAAACGGCUGAAAAAAAAACAGGACAUUUAUCUUGCGGUCUGAAGGAUUAUAAUAAGCCCCCAGGGAAUGAGGAAAUACGGUGGCCGUAGAAAAGCGAAGGAAGAGCUUGGAAAGGCAGGUGAGCAGCUUGAUGCAAGUUAGAUAUUCGGGAGAGAAAGAGGUGUCAAUGAGAAUGAGACGAGGUCCUCCUCGCAAUUUCCGUCGCGCUCCACCGGUCCGGCCACUAUGCAUCAGUGCUUCUUCUAGCAGGUCCUCAUGUUUCCCGACCCACGUUUCUUCUAUUUUUUUGUCUUUGUUACUCACCUUUCUUCACCUUAUUUGUUAUUGGGCGGCACAACAUGCAUACCUAACUAUUGCCCUUUAUGGCUUCGUUUUCUUCGAAUAGGUAGACUUUUUCCGACCGAAUCAUUUUUUUUUUCAUAUGAAUGAUCGAAAAAACUUCAAGUGUAGGUGUUAAACAAAAAAUCGAUUUUUUAGGAUUUUUUGGAAUUAGUCAUUCACUUUUUGUCUACUCGGUUACGAACAGUGGUAACUUUGAAGCCGCUCAACUACAAAAAAAAAAUUAAACCCAAAUAAACUUCAUACUUUGACCAAAGUUAUCAUCAGAACAUUAGAAGUUGUGAAACUUUCCGGUGAAAGAAUUUUUGUACGGGAAGUUCUUCCCAAGCUUAUAAGCUGAAUUCCGACUUUUCCAGACUUUUUCAAUGAUCAUCUUCAAAAUAUAUGAAGCUUCUGAAGCUGCAUAAAAUAGGCGGAGCUUCACCUGAGAAAUUUUGAAGUCGUUCAACGGACGACCACCUGGGGUCUGAUGUUUGACAUUCCGACCUGAGAAGACUUUUGAACCAAUUAUCUUCAUUCCGGGUCGAAAUUUUUUACCAAACUUAUGCUUUUUUUAAAUUUAAUUUUUGUUUGAAUAACAUUUCUCUCAUAUGAGCUUAUGAGUUUUUUUGAACUCGUAAGCUUCUGAUAGGUUUUUUUAAAGGACAAAAAGUUUUUUUGAACAUUCCAGAAAUUAAAAUUCAAAAAAACUUUGUAGAAAUAACAACAAAAAAAGUGCAAGAAGCUGAAAAAAAUCGAAAAAAAUCGAGAAAAAUCGAUCGUAUGUGGAAUAUAUCUUUGCGCCAAGUGUUUUUCCAUAAAUCUCUUUCUCGAAGUUUUUUUUUUGAAAUUGUCAGGUGGAACUUCUUGCCUCAGCAUUUUCAUUUUCCAUGAACAUUAUUUUCAAUUCUCCCUCUUUUUUUAUAGAGCACCUAUUAUUAUAUUUUUGUUCAACAACAAACUAUGGAAACCUGAGCUUUUUGUAAAGUUUUUUCGAAAGUGCAAAGUCAAUGACCGGCUUUUUUCACUGGAGCACACCAUGCAUUCGAAAUGCGAAUUCGCAAUUAUGCACAAGUUAAUAAAUGUAUUCCAGCACUUGCAUUAACUUUUCUUCCACGUUUCCUUUUACGAAGUAUUCUUAUUAUUCCUUCAAUGAUAUAUUUUUGUUUCUGAGGCCUUUCUUUUGAGGUUUUUUCCCGAUAAAAUAGUUUUUCUCCAAACUUGAAGUUCAUGUUUUUUUGAACUGACCACAGCUCUCCAAACGCGUUGUUAAAAUUCCAUGACGGCCACAUUCAAAUUGCUUUUCUUUGUAUGAUUACCUAGUUCUGAAAAAAAUCUUUACCAGUUUUUGAAAAAAGUUUUUUCCAAACUUUCUGUCCUUCUUCAAGUUUUUCAAGAGCAUCCAAGUCAGGUGGAAUGGUAUUUUGAAAUUUUCAAGGCAAUGGUUUUUCAGAAUUCAAUUUAGUACUUUUUUUUGAUGGUUUUGCUCCGCUAUUUUUCAAAAUUUUCCUAAUGCAGAGCUCUCCUCCCGAAUUUCAAAGAACUACGUUCGAACUAUUUUUUUUCGUUAAACCGAAAUUCUGUUCAAAAAAUAUUGCCUCUCAUGCCUUAUUUCAGAAUUCCGGAGCCAUGAUUGAAGCGAAGCUGAUCCUGUUGAUGCUCACCUUGUUCGUUGCCACAGAAGCUUCUCGGCCGGUGGCACGACACGAUGUAGCCUUCGUUCACACGUUCGACACACGCGAGAUGUGCAUGGCGCGCUGUAGAACUGGCUGCACUCAACAGCAUUCAGAAGAUCUGAUGAUGCCCCGUUGGCAUUGUCCUGUGCAGGUUGGUGGCAUCUAUUGGAUAUUUCGGUAUUGCAUAAGUUUGAAAUCAAGUAUGGUUAGUUCGAGACGCUAAUUUUUGGCUUAUUACGUCAUUAUUUGAUAGAUAACUUAACAUGAAAGAGUUCUACUAGGAAUAUUUUUUACAUUAUCUGCACAGAGCAUGAAAAAUACAAAAAUUUCUCAAAUAACCCGUGAUUUUGCUUGUGAUAACAGAGCUUCAGGCCUAAACCGAAAAAAAUUGGAAUUUUUUUCGUUUUCCAAUUUACCCGCAUCUCUCAAAAAUUGAUCGGCACGAGAAAAAUUUUCAAAGGUCAUUUCACUCUGUGAUUUGGAAUUCCUUAAAAACUGACCGGAACAUUUUUGACCUCCCAGAAAAACAUCCUAAAACUCUCCAUUUGCAGAAGUUACUAGUUUCUGAAAAAAGACUCCUAGAAGUUGAAGAAAAUCCUCGAAAAAUGUUAAAAUGAGAUUUUUGGUGGCUUUCAGACAUUUCUCGAAAACAAGGAAAUUGAGCAGGUUGAAAUUUUCAAAAUAAUCUUUUGGUACAUCAAGGAAUUUUCCGACCGAUUUUUAGGAAAUUCCCAACCCCACAGUAAAAUGACGUCCCUUGUGAAGUCUAACACCGAAGAAAAAAUUCUAUGAGGACUACAGUAAUUUUAUCAAUUAAUCUUUCAGGAAGAAGAAGAAAGCGAUGUUGAGGAGGAUGAAGAGACGUCAUUCGGUGGCAAAGUCCUCAUCAUUGUUCCAUGUGCCAUUUUUGGAUCCUUGCUUGUCCUAUUUAUUUGCGUUUCUGCCACACAAAGGUUUUGUCGCCAAGAAUGCUGAGCUCUCCAUAUUCAAUAAUAACGAGUCUAAAAAUGAGUUUACCUUUUUUCCCGCUCACUUGUUGGCUUCUAUACGCGUUUCUCUCUGCAUUUUCUAUCUCAGUCUUUUCCUCUUUCUUUCUCAGAUUGCUGUCUCCUGGUUGAGCUUUCGUUUUUUUCAAUUACUCAAUUAAUUCAUCUGUCAGUGAGACCUUAAGGUUUGGAGCUCGAACGUUGCCUGUGAUCAUAGUAUGGGUUUUUAUUGCUUGUUAAUAAUUUUUCAGUUUGGAAAAUAAAUAGUUUAAUUAUUUUGAGACAAUGGCUUAAAGUUGAAAAUGUGAAACAGAACGAAUUUUUCAAAAAAACGGGUUGAUAAUGCUAUAAAUUUGAGGUUUUGAACUUAUUGAUGCUUAUAAAACUUCAAAUUUUUCGAAUUUCACUUGCAGACAGGACGACUAAAAAAAUAAAAUUCAUAAAAAAAUAAUUUUUUUCGUAUAUUGGGUUUUGUUGAAAAAUUGUUGAACGUUUACAAACGCUACGAACAUCAUUUUUUUUAUUUUGCUUCGUAUAAAACGUUUGGAUUAUUUUCAACUGGGUUUUUCAAAACAUUUCUAUAAGAUCAUUUUUUUAUUUUCCAGUCUUUUUGUUAAAAUUGUUAUAUAUAUAUAGCUCUUUUAAACAGUAAUAUACAAUAGCAACAGAAAAUAUGUUGCUAAAUUCUCCUGUUUCAUUAAAAAAUUGCUUGAGACGUUAUUGUGGAGUAUUUAUUUUCAGAAGAGGUUCCGAAAAUGAAAUAUUUUAAAGCAUCUAAGUGAUUUGGUGCCAAAUUGGCGAUACAAAGAAAAAUGAAUUUUAACAAAAAAUAGUCUCACAACGAAGAAACGAAAAGUUUUGACCUCAAAAAGCGGCGGUCGGUCAUUUUUUGUUUUGUUUUUGCGGCGCGCGGGAAAGGAAUGUGUGCCCCAUCCGCAGGGCUGUGGUUUGAAAGAUGGCUCUCGCAGUAUUUUACUUCUCCGUUCCAUUCGUUCCGUUUUUUGCGUUUCUCUUGUCUUUUCUGCUUUUGAAACUAGCUCAGGGUGCUCUAUUUUCUUUUUUUUAAGGAUUUUUGUUUUAUAUUAGCCGACUGAUCCUAGUUUUCGAGUUUUUUUUUGAAUUUCAAGAUUGAGAGGGAAUAAAAAAGUUUCCCGUUUCAUACGUAAAUUUUCAGUGUCCAUUCUAUGGUUCUCUUCUUUUCGACAAAAUUUUUCAAAGUAAAUUAUCUUUUCGCAGGUGAAAUGAGCCGGAUAGACAAAAAGGAUCCAACUUCUUGGGAUUACAAAGAAGUUGCCGAGUGGCUCACGGAGAUUGGUCUCGAAGAAUAUGCUGCAUAUCUCACGCAGAAGCACAAGGUGACAUUAUAUUCAACAUUUUUCAUCAUUUCCUGUUUCAGAUCAACGGCCGAAUGCUGUUAACGAUAACCGACUCCGAUCUCAGAGAGCAGCCCGUUGCAAUAAGAUGCUUGGGAGAUAUCAAAAAACUGCUGGCUGCCAUUUCUGCUCUUCGCAAUUCGGUAAGAAAAUUUAGAAAAUAACCGAAAUCUUCAAUUUUUCCGUGUUCCCCUUCUACCAUUUCUGCUAUCAUGCGAGCAAAGAACGAUAGUGUGGACACGGUAAUCGAUUUUAUUAUUUUUUUUCUUUAAAAUGGUAUUUUUUUUCAGGAGGACAAAUUGCUGUGUGUAGAGUACGAUAAACAGCGGAAAAUGUCUAUUUCUGGAGAGGAAGUUUACGUUACGACUCGACAGUCCGAAGUUAUGUCGUACGUUUUCAGUUUCAAAAUGCAAUUAUUGAUUUUUCCUGUUUCAGUGACAAAGAACUCAUUGAUACUCUGAACGAAGGCGAAGUAAAAGUUGUGCAGCUGAUUUCUCGUGAGGAGGUUAGUGAGAAAAACAUUGAUGGAAAAAAAUAUUUUUGUUAGAAAAAAAUCAUCAUCUUUUUUUUAUGUUGCACGGAAAGAUCGGUUUUUUUCAAUUUACUGAAUUUCUCGGUUUCCGAGAGAGUUUACGAAAAAAAUUCAAGCAAAGAUGUGCCGUUCAAGAUUUAUAAGAAUUUCUUCAGUUUAAGGACUUUUUUUGAUUGAAUUUCAAUCUAAAAAGAAAAAAAUCAUCUUCUGAAAGAUGCAAGAUAUCAGAAAAAAAGAGGAUUUAUUUGCAUCCUGCAUUAGCGAUUAAAUUAUGAGAUUCUUUAAAAACAUUUUCAAAAAUUCCAUCCACUUUUUUCAGCUCAUCCGCCACGUCGAAAGUCCUGACACGAGUUUGAAGUCUCUGAUAAAGCUAAUCAUCGCAUUUUUCUACUGCUCGCUCUCUUUUCUGAUCACGGCAAUUGUCAUGGUUUUUGUUCACGAUCGAGUUCCAGGUAACGAGACUAUUUUCUCCAUUUUUUCAUUUAAAAAUUUGCAGAUACAAAAACAUACCCACCCCUGCCGGAUAUCGUUCUUGACAAUGUUCCGCACAUCCCCUGGGCCUUCGACAUGUGUGAAAUCAUCGGCCUAACGCUGGUUAUCAUUUGGCUCUUCGUUCUCGCUUUCCACAGAAACAGGUAAUUUUUUUUCUUUGAAAACAAUAAAAUUGAAGCAAGUAAGACCCUAAAAAUGCGCAAUUUUACAAAUUGUGAUACAUUUUUGAAACCACAACUCUGACUCUGGUAAUUUUUAAAAUGCCGCUUCGUUCAAUUUGUGUGGUCAGAUGCACUUGGGAUUAUUCCAGAAGGCCCCCUCCCCGUAUGUAGGAAACACCCCCCACACAGGCCCGUCCGAACUAGCCACCCGUCAGUAGGUGCAAUUAUUUGUCAAAGGGUCUCGAAACGAUUUGAAAGGAGGCCGUUUUUUUGAUCAGAUUUUUAUUAUUGAUUGCUCGGACGUGGGCUGCGACUCUGGAAUUUUUCCCAAAAGAUAAAAUAAUUUCGCACAAAUGCAAAAUUAGAUGCGAAAAUCUCCCAACCGAUUAAAUUUUUUACAGAAUGAUAAUCACCCGAAGACUGUUUUCUCUCCUCGGUACGGCGUUUCUUCUUCGAUGCGUCACAAUGUUGAUUACAUCUCUCUCAGUUCCUGGGAUCCACCUUCAGUGUACCGCCAGGGUAAUUUCCCAUCAUUCAUACUGCAAUAUCAAAAUAUUCAGGUCAACACUACCAUGAGUGAAAAAAUGAGUGAGGCGUUUAUGAUUUGGUCGCGUCUUGGAAUGUCUCUGAGGGUGCGAAAAUUGCAGAAUAUUUAAAAUAAGAGGUUUUGAAGGGAGUACGCAGUUGUGGCGAUUACAUGUUCAGCGGACAUACAACUGCCAUCACUAUCAUCAAUCAUUUCAUUACUGAAUGUGCGUUUUAUUAUUCAUUUUUCGAGAUUUUGAGAACUAAAAUGAUUGUAGACACUCCGGAGACUUGGGCAGGAUUGCACACGACGACUUGGGUUAUGAAUUGCUUUGCCAUUUUCCUGAUCCUGGCGGCUCACGAACAUUACAGUAUCGACGUCUUCAUCGGUACAGCUUCUUCUCAUUCCACGUAUUAAACCUUCAGCUUUCUACAUUUCUUCGAGAAUGUUCUUGUACUACCACGCCUACGCCUACAAUCACGCGAAAAUCACUGCGACGGACGGAAGAAUGCGAAUUUGGUUCCCCCUUGGAUGGUUCUUCGAGUACGGAAGCCUUGGAAAGGUAAAGCACUCCUUCCUUUAAUUUUCCUAUCCGUCUUUUUUCAGGUCCCCAACGAGUUUGAGAUGCCAAUCAACAUACGAAUCCCCAAAUCGCUGCAAAUCUUUUCCUUCGAAGAAGUUUUUGGCACAAAGUUACCGACUGCAGCCAACACCGAGGUCAAAAAAAUCAUGGACCAGCCGAAGCCGAUUAAUAAAAAGAACAAGAAGGUCAAAGUCAAAUAA